AUGAGAUCUGGCUCAAACUCAUCGAAUUCAUCGAUUUUUCUUCCGCAGCUUUCAUUAGGGGAUAUAUACCUCAAAUUAAUCACCAUCUGUCCAGAAGAUUCUCCACAUCUUCCGCAUAUUAUUCAAUUUAUUACUUCGGAUUCCUAUCUUAAUAACUUUUCUUCCUAUCAAUUUGCCUCAGAGAUGGCUAAAAUGCUCGAAAGGUAUCCAGAACGCCGUGAAAUUACAUUAAGAAUUUUCGAAAAAUUAGUUGAUUUUCCUGUUAUACACAGAAUUGUCAAUUUAGUCACUAAAAUUGAUCCUCUCUUCUUCAGCGAUAUCAACGAAAAUGUUCAACCCAAAAUUGCAAAUAUAUUCUCGUUUAGCCAUGUUGAAAAUGUUGCAAAAUUAGCACAACAAUACACAUUUUCUCAGAACAAGAUUAUAAAAUUCUCUCAUGAAGGCUCUUUUGUUUCAAUAUCCGAUGUUUUUAACGAAGCAUCCGCUGAAGUUCUCGAUAAUUAUUCAUCAAGAUCUUUACAAUGCAUUGAACAAUUCCAGCCCUUCACAGAGAACGACAUUUCUGAUUUCGUCAUCAACUUAGUAUCAAACAAAUCUCCAAUUUCGAAAAACAUCGCUAAUAGUGAUAGAAAUACUCAACUUGGUUUAUUAAGACCAUUCAAAAAUUCGAAAAUUACAUUAGAGCAACUAAUUAAGUCCUUUGAUUCAAGAUCGGUGAUAAUUUCAACAAUGAAUUCAUUCAAUGUCUUUAUUUCAGCGAUAAAGGAAGUUACUGGAUCUCGAUCUGUCCCAAUAGCCCCAUUUUUAGGCCAAUGGGAUCAUCCAAAGACACAAUUGAACUUUUUACAGCAUAUUAUUAAUUCAUCACCGAUGGUUGUUCAAAUUCCGAAGCUUCAACCUACAAAAAUAAAUCCCAUACUUAUCGGAGAUUUCAAAGGCGACCACUGGCGCUAUCCAGACUUCAUUGUUGCAUUGGCCACUUUAUAUAAUGAGCUUCCAGGCGAAAUUAAUGCCUUACUUGCACAGCUUUCCCCAUCAAACUCCACGGCAUUACUUCUAAUUACACUGGCUUCGCUUGGAGAAACGUCAUCUUUUGCUGCCCAAUUAUUAAGCAAUUUAAUCUCAUGUAACACCCAGUACAUGGCAGGAAUUUCAGCAUUAUGGGCCAUGAACAGCAAAUUCCUCAUCGAUACAUGCGCAAAGCUCCAUGAAGACAAACCAAUUUUAUUAUCCAGAAUUUUUGACAUCGCAGAUGAUCUUUGCGUGUUAAACGAGUUCAAAGAGAAGUCGCCACUCAAGUUCCGCAUUGUCCUCGAGAUCUUCGACUUCUUCAGACAUGGAAAUGAUUUCAGAAUUUUCCUGAAAACACAAAAAACUCCGGAAAUAAGUUUGCAAAUUUUCGAGAGGCCGACGGACUUUGGAUUCAUCAUUCCCAUGUCAAUAGAAAGACACAUCAAAGGUGAUAAUAAAGCUUUCUAUUCAGCGGAUCUCCUUUUCUUCACUUAUUUGAACGACAUUUUUUCAAAUUUGGAUGAAAACAUAAAAUUGAAAGCAAUCCCGUCACUUUUCCAAAAAUGUUGUGAAAGAACAAAGAAGCUAACACAAUACGAGUUCAAGUGGCACCAAAAGGUAUCCGCUCCUUCAUCACCGCGUCCUCCUAAAGACUUAGAUUUGACUUCUUUGGCCAUGAAAACCGAAAAAAGAGAAAAUGACAAAUUUAGAACGAUUGUCGCCUCUCUUGUUUCAGAUUUUCCAUCGGAUAAAGUCAGUGCAGAGAAGAACGGAAAGAACUUAGGUACAUUACUCGCAAGAAACCUGUUAUCGCAAUCCGACCAAUUAUCUGCUCUCAAUUUGAUAACAAAAGGAUUAACUUUGAGAGAAAAUUCCAACGGUUUUAUUUUUGCGAGGGAAGCUGUUCGGGAAAUGGCACCUGGUUUUAAAUUAUGUCUUCCUUUCGCACGUCUUAUUGUUGUCAAUCCGCAGAUCAAGCGAAUAAUGCCUGAUGUUCAUCAACAAGCGAUAAAUGCAUUGAAACCAUCAAUUUGCGAGUUACAAGAAGAAACAGCAAUUCAGCCAACAAAAUUCGAAUUGCAUCCUAAACUUAAGAGAUUCAAGUACAUAAGGGACAAUUCUUUAGAUGAUCCUGAUUCAUUGGCAUUGACAACAAUCAAUCAGAAGAUUUAUAGAAUAACAUUUGAUCAAAAUGCAAAUGAUUCGAAUAAUUGCAUUGAAGCAUGUUUGUACAAGGUUUACGUGAUAUUAAUGAAUGGUGAUAGAUAUGCUACAUGGAAAUUAACAAGAAUUGCGAAGUAUUUAUCAUCAAAAACACUUCAAAACAAUAAUCCUUCUUUUGCAAGAUAUUUUAAUUUGUCUGAUUUAGUUAUUUUCUCUUAUGAGAAUAAUUUACUUUAUAUGACAUUACCUUUCUUGUCUCAAUUGUUUGAUAAUGUGCCAAAUUGUUUCUUCCCGCCUUGUCCAUGGUCUGUUUCCAUUCUCAGCGCGUUGGGAGCGAUCUACAGACUUCCUUUCCUCAAGAAAACUCUUUCUUUGACAAUUAAAAAGAUAUUUGACAGUUUCAAUUGCGAAAUUGCAAAUAUCGAACCACAAAGAUUGAGACCAUUAGAACAUCUUCCUUCAAAAGAUUCUGAUUUCCUCUUCCCGCCUUUGAAUUUCGAGAUCCCUGUUAUAUCAAGAGAAAAACUAUAUUCAGGAGAUAUACAUUCCAUUGUUUCUGUUGUUUCCAGGUUCUUCAAAGGCGCUGAUAACCAAACAACAAGAGAAGUUGCUGCUUUUGUUCAUUCAAAAGUGCCAGCAAUUGCAAAAUCAGCUUACGAAACGAGUUUCAAUUUGACGACGAAAGAUUUCGCAAGAAGCAAAGACAUCAACGCAUUAGUGACAUUCGCAUUGAGUUUAGUCAGAACAUUAUGUAAGUCUUUGGCUUCUGUUGCUGUCAAAUUGGAAUUCACGUAUUUGGACAUGAAAUCAACACGUUUCAUUGAAAAUUUGGUCACUGUUAUUUCCCAAAAUGUCUCUUCACAUCUCUUGAGAACUAACAUGGAACCGUUAAAGGCAUUGCGAGAAACAUGCGACGGACCAUUCCUCGAUGUACAAGCAUUCCCUCCAAGUGUUGUUUCCAUUGUUCCUGAGGAUUUGUGGCCUCAUCAAAGUGAAGCAAUUGAAAAUGGCCGAGGAAUAUUCGGUUGUUAUGCAGUUCCUUCUUCAAUGAAGACUGUUUAUUCACACUUGGAUUCCAUAGUAAUGAGUAACCACACAAGCGGAGAAAUUCCUUUCGACCCUCAAUUCGCAAGAACAAUUUAUUCUUGUUUCACUCAAUCUUCGUCUGGAGAAAUAAACGGUUUUAAUAACCGUUUCCAACCGCUUCCACAUAAUCCAAGGUUAGUUAUAGGAACAGUGAUAACAUGCUUCCCACCACAGAUGCCAACAGCCGGUGCACAACUUGGUGUUCAAAUAUUGAAUCAUCUUUUCGUUUUGAUUGGUGGAAACAUGAAAGAAUUAUCUCCAAUUGUCGAAGAAAUGAUUCCAGAACAAAUGCCUCAUAUGUUGAUAUUUGUUACUUUGAUAUCAGCCAUUUCUCCUAACCUCGUCGAGUACUUCUUAAUGAACUACUUCGAGGAGAAUGGAGCAGAAGGAAUCGACUUAGAACCAUUGAUUAAAUGGCUUCACGAAAAAUUGUUCACACAAAGAUCAAUUGCGCCAUUGGAAUACGGACGUCUUUUGGCGUUUUUGGCAACAGCAAAGAUACCAACGAACGAAUAUCUUACAGAAAUCAUUAAUGUGUAUUUGUCCUGUGCGAUUGAUGAAGGAAAAGUCACAAGAAUAUCUCCGGAUCCUUCAAAUCAAGAAAAAAUGAUGUUGGACGAAUUCUCAAGAAUCCACACAAUUCGUGACCAUCUUUACACAUUUUUGAAUCGAAAUAACGAAGCAUUCAAAGGCCAAGGAAAGUGGAAUUCUUUGAUUAAGACGGCAUAUCCUAACAGAAGACUUGAAUUACUUCAAAUAUUCUUCGGAGUAAUGGGAAGAAAUCAAUCAGGAGAACUCCAGAUUUUGCAGAUUUUCUUACGUGAUAUGUUCGAUGCUUUUCAGAAUUCUCACAUCGACGGAUUCUUCUUUUCAUCUGUCAUUUCCGCUGUUGUUUUGCAGCUCAGGAACAGAUCAAUCAACUAUGCAAAGAUGUUCGGCGGAUUCCUCAAUGAUACACCUCCUUUGAAGUAUCCUUCUUUCGCUCCUGUUUGGUUGUAUUUGUUCCCUCUUGUGAUUCCUCCACUUUUGAUGGAUGAAAAUUUACUUCCUCCUUCAAGUUUGUUAGUUGACAGUUUGCUACAGCCUUUGAAGAGAUUCCCAGCAGACUGGGCUAACAAGCCACACUUCAGGAAGUACUACAAGGCAAUCCUGAGAAUGAUGAUGCUCUUGGUUCACGACAAUCCGAAUUUUGUUGCAAGUUUCGCUUUCGAUUUCGUAAGUGAAGUUCCUCUGAAAUUCAGAAGAAUUAGAAACAUCAUUCUUUCUUGCAACGCACCAGAUAUGAUAAACCUUUGCUGCCACAGACAGAACAUACCAAUCGAACUCACAAAUGGAUCAACGACGUUCCCUGAUUUCAUCGCAAAGAAAGAAAAUAUUUCUCAUCUCACGUUUGAGUUAGUUUUCUUUUACGUCUACAACAUUUUCCCGUACGAACAAGUUCUUUGGACAUACGCAAGAGGUUUCAUGCUGGCAGUUGAAGGUGCUGAUGAGGCGACAAUGGUCUUGGAAGCUUUGUUCGAUGGAUUGAGAUGUAACUCAAAACAAACUGCAGCUUUUGAAGCAACAAUUUUGAGGAUUUAUACUGAAAUUGAUAAAGUUUACAACCAAUUAACUUGCAAAGAUAUAAUAUCCGCAAUUGUUAGCGCAAGAGCUGAUAACUUAACUCCAAUACCAUAUGGAAUUCAGUCAAUUAAAGCUAAGCUUGCUGAUGAAUAA